AUGGCUUUCAACAACAACAAUAAAAUUCACCAGCACUUGAAGGUUGUUCCUCCAUCAUCAUCAUCAUCAUCACAAACAACAAUAACCAUUCCUCUCACUUCCUAUGACCUACUUUUUCUAAGGUCCCGUCCAGUAGAGCGCAUCUUCUUCUACACCCUCAUAAAUUCUCAAUCACACCCCUCUUUCUUCUUCCAAAAUAUUGUUCCAACUCUCAAUUCUUCACUCUCUCUAACCCUCCAACACUUUCUACCUAUAGCUGGCAAAAUCGUUUGGCCUUCAGAUUCUUCAAAACCAUUCAUCCGUUUCAAUCCUAAUGACAAUGAUACCGGAGUUUCAUUGCUCAUAGCAGAAUCUAAUGCUGAUUUCGAUCAUGUCAUUUCAAACUCACCCCAUGAAGCUUCGUUAUCUCGGUCAUUUAUACCCGACUUGGAAUCUUCAGAUUCCUUUGCUUCUAUUAUCUCACUGCAAAUCACUUUUUUCCCAAACUCUGGCUUCGGCAUAGGAAUUACUUCACACCAUGCUGUUUUUGAUGGAAAAUCUUCAUCCAUGUUCAUGAAAGCUUGGGCUUAUAUAUGCAACAAAAUAAUUCAAUCUGAAACACCAACUUUGUUGCCAGAGUUAGAGCCUUCGUUCAACCGAGAAAUCAUCGACGACAAAAAUGGAGAUGACUCAAUCGAGCGCAUAAACAAGUUAUUCCAAACGGAAACUGUAAAUCAAAGAAGCUUAAAGAUUUUUCCAUUUGAAACAAAACUUGUAGACUCUGUCCGUGCUACGUUCAAGCUCACACGCGAAGAUUUGGAUAUAAUAAAGCAAAAUGUGUUAUCAAAAUGGGAAAUAUCUGAUACUAAUGAAUCAAAGCCACAUACUCUAUCCUCUUUUGUUCUCACUUGUGCUCAUUCAGUUGUUUCUAUAGCAAAAGCUAUGCAUGGAGUUGAAAAAGAGAGAGAAAAAUUUUCUUUUGCUUUUGCAGUAGAUUGUAGAGCAAGGUUGGAACCACAAGUACCAAACAACUAUUUUGGUAACUGUGUAAGAGGGGCUUUUAUGGAUACAAAACCAUUUGAUUUCAAAGAAGAAGAUAGUGUCUUUGUAGUUGCCAAACGUAUGCAUGAGAAAAUAAAGAUGAUAAAAGAAAAGGGUCUUGAAGGAAAUAUUUUGGAUGUGUAUGAUAAAUAUAAUUCUUUAAAUAAUGAAGGAUGUGAAACUAUAGGGAUUGCUGGGUCUAAUAGAUUUGGUGUUUAUGAGACUGAUUUUGGUUUUGGAAGGCCAAAAAAGGUGGAGAUUGUGUCAAUUGAUGGAGGUUUGGCAAUUGGUUUGUCAGAGAGCAAAGAUGGCAAUGGUGGAGUUGAAGUUGGUCUUGUUCGUAAUAGACAUGUAAUGGAUUUGUUUAGCAUUUUGUUUCAUGGAUUUCAACAUUGCAACAAACCUGCAUCUCUGCUGGCAACUUGUUAA